AAACCUUUUGCUGUUUUCAAGUCAACUACAGGAUUAGUUAAUAGGUGAUUGAUCCAAGAUUUCAAGUUCAAGCCUCCCUUUUUAAGCAAGUUCUUUUUUCAACAAGUAGGAGCUGGAUGCUUUGAUAUUAACGCUACCUUUCAUGCAAGUGGUGAAGCUUCUGGAAUGUAUGAUCAGUUAGAAAUGAAUGAUCCAACAAUGUGCAUUGUGUUCCCUCUUUAUUCAUCUCAAGUCACAACCAAGAUUACGGCACAAACACAGUUGCGUUAACUACUGCUUAAAAUGGAUUGACUAGCAAAUUAGCUUCAAGAUCUAACAACUUGAUGAAAAAUGGUGGUGCUCACAGGAUCCAUCAUAGACUCAUAGUUGCAACUACAAGCUUCUACCCUCCAAAGAAUGCCCUCUUUGGACAUGGAUUUUCUGAGUUAUUGUUGUAACUUCGCCUGAUCAAUUCCCUUAAUCAAGGACAAUUCGAGGAUAUAUAUGAAAGUGGAUGGAGUAAUGCUUCGAGGCAGCAUUAUGCAAAAAUCAUUUCAAGGAUUCCUUUGUUGUAUAUAUCCAUACAUCUGGCAUUGAGAAAAGUCUUCAUGAACUCAUACAUGAAUGGCAUGGGGCUUGGACUUUGAAAUAUAUCGAGUGAGGAGAGCUUUAAACAAUGGCUAGUGGUUGGUUUUGAUCAUCGUUGCAAAAACAAUAGAAAGACAGUGAGGGUGAGUUGCAACAGCGGCAAGGUCAGUAGAGGAAUUAGUUCUGGCAGAUGAUCAACAGUGAUUUGGUCUCCAGUUUCUCUUGGAACACACUCAGCACACUUGGUGAGAUUUAUCCCAAUUUGAUGGGAGAUUUUGACUUCCAGCUUUAUUAUGGUGAUGACUAUGAUAUUAGUGAUCCAAGAAUUUAUUCUUGAUGAUUUAUUGUUGUAUACAACUUCUGGUGUUUCCUAAAGUAGAAAAAACUUUGUUGUUAAGUUUGAUUAUUUUCCGUGUAAGUGGGUAGAGAGAGAAGAAGAAUACUUGUUGAGUGUGGUAUUUGAAAAGUUGUUUUAUCCAAUGGAGAUGUUAUCUCUUGUUAAAGAUUCUGUUUUAUCUGCUAUGUAUAACUUGCUAUAUGAACAGUUGAAUGAAUUUAUUAGUGAACAACUACGGGAACAGUGGAAUGAAUUUAUAAGUGAUCAGCCACGAGAUUCAAUGGAGGAAGUACGUGCCCAAAUGGAAAGCUGGAAGACUCUAUUGCCCAAAAUUAUUGCUGUACUUCAACAUGCGGAAGAAAAUCAAGUUGCCAACCAGUUUGUGAAGUCAUCUCUUGAUGAUCUCAGGGACUUGGCUUAUGAUAUGGAGGACAUACUUGAAGAGUUUGUGAUUGAUGCCAAAAGGUCUCAUCACAAAGUAGUUGCAAAAAGACUACCUGAGUCUUCUCUUCUUGAAGAUAAGGUGAUAGGUCGAGACGGUGAUAAAGAUGCUAUUCUUCGGAGGUUGCUAGAAGAUGGAGGCAAUCCCGAACAAGACUUUGUUGUUCCCAUUGUUGGAAUGGGUGGACUAGGCAAGACAACUCUUGCACGGCUCAUCUAUAAUGACAAAAGAUUGGAAGGCAUGUUUGACUUGAAGGCAUGGGUUUGUGUUUCUGAUGAGUUUGAUGUUCCUCAAAUAACAAAAAACAUUUUAGAACAUGUAACUGAUGAAAAGUUUGAAUUUGUGUUCAGUAAGCUUCAAGAGAAAUUGAAAGAGAAGUUAUCUGGAUGCAAGUUUUUUCUUGUAUUGGAUGAUGUUUGGAAUAAGGAAUAUGGCAAGUGGGAUGUCUUGAAGAGACCUUUUAUGUCGGGAGCUCUUGGAAGUAAAAUAAUUGUCACAACUCGAAAUAAGGAUGUUGGGACGAUGAUGAGAGGAGAUGAAGGAGUUCACAAUUUAGAAUUGCUACAAGAUGAUGCUUGUUUGCCAUUAUUUGCAGGACAUGCACUGGGGAAAGAGAACUUUGAUGUGCACCCAAACCUACAAGAUGUUGGUGAGAAGCUUGUUAAGAAGUGCAAAAGAUUGCCAUUAGCACUAAAAACAUUUGCUGGCAUCUUGCGAGGAAAGCUACAUCGUGAUGUGUGGGAAAAUGUAUUAAAAAGUGACAUAUGGAGUUCAUCUGAAGAUGGAAGUGGAAUUCUUCCUGUUUUGAGAUUGAGCUACAAUCAUCUUUCUUCUCACUUAAAGCGAUGCUUUGCUUAUUGUGCUUUGUUCCCUGAAGAUUAUGAAUUUGACAAAAAGCAGUUGGUUUUGUUAUGGAUGGCUGAGGGAUUGUUACAGCAACAGUCACAUGAAAAGAAGCAAAUGGAAGAGGAGAUUGGUCAUCAAUAUUUUGAUGAGUUGUUCUUAAUAUCACUCUUUCAACAGUCUAGUGGAGAUAAAUCGCGGUUUGUGAUGCAUGACCUUGUAAAUGAUUUAGCUGUAGAUGUUGCUGGAAAAAUAUAUUGCAAUCUUGAACGUAGCAUAGGUGAUGAAAAAUUAGAGAAAGCUCGUCAUUUGUCAUUCACUCCACAUGAGUAUGAAAUGUCAGAAAGGUUCAUAGUCUUGGAUAAAUUGAAGCAUUUAAGAACAUUCUUGCCAGUCCGUGGUAGCAACUGUUCAUUGAAUUUGUCUCAAAGAAUCUUGCAUGAUAUCCUACCAACAUUAAGUCGCUUAAGAGUGCUAUCUCUUUGCAACUAUCAGAUAAGCAAGCUACCAGAUUCUAUUGAAAAUUUGAAACAUAUUCGAUACAUUGAUUUGUCUAGGACAAGUAUCGAAUGUAUACCUGAAUCAGUGGGUUCUCUUCUCUUCUUACAAACACUACUAUUAUGUGAUUGUAGUAGGCUUAGUAAGUUGCCCAUGACAAUUGGCAAUCUAAUUGAUCUCCAUCAUCUUGAUAUCACUUAUACACCAUCUUUAAAAGAGAUGCCAUUAGGAAUAGGUAACCUUAAAAAUCUUGUAAUAUUGUCCAAAUUUAUCGUGGGGAAGGCAAGUGGAACGAUGAUUAAAUUAUCUGAUUUGAAGAACUUGUUGCAACUUCAAGGAAGAUUAUUUAUUCUAGAUUUGCAGAAUGUUUUGGAUGUUCAAGAUGCUAGGGAGGCCAACCUAGACAAGAUCCAUGGUUUGGAGGAGUUAGUCUUGAAAUGGACCACUUUUGAUUAUGAGCUGGAGGGGACUACUUCUGAUAAUGAUCGAGAUGAAUUAGUCCUUAAAAUGCAAGUCCUUAGCUGGCUAAAACCUCAUUCAAAUUUAAAAAGUCUUGAAAUUUCUUGCUAUGGUGGUGAGAAUUUCCCUCCCUGGGUUUGCGAUCCAUCACUAUUUCUUAAUUUAUCAUCUAUAGUGCUCAGCCAUUGUAAGAGAUGCACUUUGUUACCAUCACUUGGCCUACUACCUAUUCUAAAAGAAUUAAUUAUUGAAGGCAUGGAUUCAAUAGAAACUAUAGGUUCUGAGUUUUAUGGGCAGCAUGGCUCUUUUCCAUCACUGGUUGAAUUGGCGUUUGUAAACAUGCCAAAGUGGAAGGAAUGGACUUCUUCAGCUGAAAGUGCAAGUGAAUUCCCUUGUCUUCAUAGGCUUGUGAUUGAAAAUUGUCCUAAGUUAGGACAAUUACCCAGCAACCUUUCUUCACUUAAAGAGUUACAUGUUAUAAGAUGUAAGAGUUUGGGAGAUCUCCCCUCUCUUACUUAUUUGAGAAUUUGGCAAAUUUCAGAACGAACUGACUUGUUUGCCUAUGAGCAUGAGUCUUCCAUCAUUGAAAGAGUUGUCUAUGGAGAUUGCAACGGGGUGCUUUUGAAGAGCAUGAGCAUGGUUGAUCUCACUUCCCUCACUAACUUGAGAAUUGAGCAAAUUUCAAAACUGACUUGCUUGCCUAUGAGCAUGAGUCUUCCAUCAUUGAGAGAGUUGUCUAUUAGAUACUGCAACAGGGUGCUUUUGAAGAGCAUGGUUGAUCUCACUUCCCUCACUAACUUGAGAAUUGAGCAAAUUUCAGAACUGACUUGCUUGCCUAUGAGCAUGAGUCUUCCAUCAUUGAAAGAGUUGUCUAUUAGAUAUUGCAACGGGGUGCUUUUGAAGAGCAUGGUUGAUCUCACUUCCCUCAGUAACUUGAAAAUUGAGCAAAUUUCAAAACUGACUUGCUUGCCUGAGAGUUUUACACAAUCCUGGACAGCACUUGAGACUUUGGAUAUUGCAUAUUGCGAUGAUCUUACUUCCUUGGAGUCAUUACCCAAUGCAAUCAAGAUGAGGAUGGAUGGAAGCAGUAGCAGCAACACUAGUAUGUUGAUGUCGAGACUAGAAACGUUGGAAAUUUUUUAUUGUGACUCUCUCAAGUCAUUUCCAAGAGGCAAAUUACCCACCUCGCUUAAAUACUUGAGGAUAAGAGGUUGUAAAGGUCUUGAGUCUCUACCGGAUGUUGAUGUUACUAAUGGUGGCGAAUGGCUGGAAUCAUUUCCAGAGAAGAUGCUGCAACAUUGUACGAGACUCCAAUCCAUUUCUAUUUGGGCUUGUAAAAGAUUGAAAAGUUUACCCAAUCUUGAUUGCGUCAGCAAUCUCGUUCGAUUAUAUAUUCACAGCUGUGAAGUUUUAGAGUCCUUACUAGAAGAGUUGGCGUUAUGCACCCCCAAUCUUAAUUCCUUGCAGAUAAGAUACUGUAAGAAUUUCAAAUCCCUCCCAAAUACGAUGCACCAGCUGAAAUCUCUUCAAGGCAUAUGGAUGUUUGGCUGCCACAGCUUCGAGUUCAUUCCAGAUGGGGGUUUGCCACCAAACCUAAAACAGCUUGAACUUUUUUACUGCCAGAAUCUCAAGUGUGUGCCGAAUUCAAUGUGCCAGCUCACAUCACUUGAGAGUCUAUCACUCCUAGGUGAGGCUUUGACGAUGGACCUCCAAAACCUUACGUCUCUUCGAUCGUUGAGAAUUGAACACAAAUUGCCUCUGGAUAUUGUGUUGGCUUCUUCUUUAACCUCUCUUGCAAUCUGGCACGAAGACAAUUUGGAAUCCAUACCUGGGGGGCUAUUCCAAAACCUAAGCUCCCUUCAAUGCUUAUUAAUCCAGAGCUGCCCGAAGCUACGAUCUUUGCCAAAGGAAGCCUUCCCUCCCUCACUUGCACGACUAUCCAUCGAGUGGUGUCCGCAUCUAAAACGACAACGCUUUGAGGAAAAAGGAGACUACUGGAAUCUCACCUGGAGCAUCCCUUGCAUUCGGAUAACUGAAUGAAAGGUAAUAUGAGCUUAGAGUGAACAGAAACAUGCAUCACCAUUUUAUGCUUUUCAUAUGAGAAUUUAGAGAAAUUAUGUUGCCUUCUGUUGCCUUUUCUUAUAAGCAUUGCAAAUCCUUUUUCCCCAAUUGUUGAGGUAAAUAAAGCCAAGCCACUCCU